AUGGCAGAAGAUGCAGCAAGCACUGAUCCUCUUGUUCCAACCCACACAAAAGCUUGGUACUACUCUCAACAUGGUAACGCAGAUGAUGUUCUUAAAUUAGAUCCUAAUUGGCCAUUACCACAACUCAAAGAUGACCAAGUCCUCAUCAAGGUCAUCGCAGCAUCCCUUAAUCCCAUUGAUUACAAGAGGAUGAACGGCUUGUACAAGAACUAUGACCCUCAUUUGCCUAAGACUGUUCCUGGGUUUGAUGUUGCUGGUGUGGUGGUGAGUGUGGGAAGAGAAGUGACUAAAGUGAAGGUUGGUGAUGAAGUAUAUGGUGAUAUAAACGAAGAAGGAGUAACAAACCUAAAGGCCCUUGGAACAUUGUCUGAGUAUACUAUUGCAGAAGAGAGACUAUUAGCUCUGAAGCCACCAAAUCUAAGCUUCAUUGAAGCUGCUGCGAUUCCUGCAGCAAUAGAAACUGCUUAUGAAGGCCUUGAACGAGCACAGUUUUCUGCUGGAAAAUCUAUCCUUGUUGUGGGAGGAGCUGGUGGAGUUGGUCACUUUGUUAUUCAGCUUGCGAAGCAUGUUUAUGGCGCAUCAAAGAUAGCAGCAACUUCUAGCACUGAAAAAUUGGAACUUCUAAAGAAGUUGGGAGCUGAUUGGGCAAUUGAUUAUACAAAGGAGAAGAUUGAAGACUUAACAGAGAAGUUCGAUGUAGUGUACGACACCAUAGGAGAGCCUGAUAGAGCCCUGAAGGCAGUGAAGGAAGGUGGCAAAGCUGUGACAAUAGUACCUCCUGGACUUCCACCAGUCAUUUUCUUUGUACUCACUUCUAAAGGCUCUAUUUUAGACAAGUUAAGACCUUACUUUGAGAAUGGUCAAGUGAAGCCAUUACUUGAUCCAAACACUCCAGUGCCAUUUUCUCAGCUUAUUCAAGCCAUUUCCUACAUAGAAACUUCAAGAGCCACAGGAAAAGUGGUUGUUUAUCCCAUACCCACACCACAAAGAUCUGAAAUGGCAGAAGAUGCAUCAAGCACUGAUUCUAGUAUUCCAACCCACACAAAAGCUUGGUAUUACUCUGAACAUGGUAGACCAGCUGAUGUUCUAAAGUUUGACCCUAAUUGGCCCUUACCACAACUCAAAGAUGAUCAAGUGCUCAUCAAGGUCAUUGCAGUAUCCCUUAAUCCAGUUGAUUACAAGAGGAUGCAUGGGGAGUUCAAGGACACUGACCCUCAUCUACCUGUUGUGCCUGGUUAUGUUGUUGCUGGCAUAGUGGUAAAAGUGGGAGGAGAAGUAAGGAAAUUUAGUGUUGGGGAUGAAGUAUAUGGUGACAUCAAUGAGCAUGGGUUGUCGAAUCCUAAGAUUCUUGGGACUUUGUUAGAGUAUACUGUUGCAGAAGAGAGAUUAUUGGCUCAUAAACCAUCGAAUCUAAGCUUCAUUGAAGCUGCAAGCAUUCCUUUAGCACUUGAACUGUUAGAAACUGCGAAUGAAGGUUUUGAGCAUGCUCAGUUUUCUGGUGGCAAAUCUAUCCUUGUUUUGGGAGGAGCUGGUGGAGUUGGAAGCUAUGCCAUUCAGCUUGCGAGACAUGUUUACAAGGCAUCUAAGAUAGCAGCAACUGCUAGCACUGCCAAACUUCAACUUUUGAGGGACUUGGGAGUUGACUUGCCCAUUGAUUACACAAAAGACAACUUCGAAGAUCUUCCACAAAAAUAUGAUCUUGUGUAUGAUGCAGUUGGGCAAGGAGAUAGAGCCUUUAAGGCCAUUAAAGAAGGUGGAAAGGUGGUGACAAUAGUUCCACCUGGACAUCCACCAGCAAUCUUCUUCCUGCUAACCUCCAAAGGAUCAAUCUUGGAGAAAUUAAGACCUUACUUUGAGAGUGGUCAAGUCAAGCCAAUACUCGAUCCCAAGACUCCACUUCCAUUUUCUCAGCUUGUUGAAGCCAUUUCCUACUUAGAAACUUCAAGAGCCACAGGAAAAGUGGUUCUUUAUCCCAUAUCCUCACCGUAA